CUUUCUCUUUGUAGUCUCUUUUAAUUCUAUAAAUCUAAUUUCACUUGCAAGCAAAGAGGCAAGGCUAAAUGCAUAUAGAGGCAGUAUUGUUAUACAUUAAAGAAAAACAAAGAAUGGCAUUUUAUUCUGGUUUAUAAAUUUCUCUCUUUAGAAACCAACAAAAACGCUUUAACUCUGCUUUUAUAUUUAUAUCUUCAUGCACUUGCAGUUUGCUACUAUCAUUGUAACGUAUAACGUUUCAUUUUCAUACGUUUAAUGUUUCUCAUUCUGCUUCUUCAGAGCUGAUCAAAUCUGAUCGUAGUUUUCUGCUCUCAUAUCAGAAACAUAAAAUCGAGUAGCUGUUUACUACAUAACAUUGGUCAAAUUAAACUUGCUUUUCUUUCUAUGUCUUUUCAUAUAAUAUUGUAGUUUCAUAAUUUGCCGAUAUUAUUAAUGUAAGAUUGAUUCCAAACCUGUGUAAAACAUCAAUUUAUAAUAUGAAGCUUAAACUAGAUGAAAAUUACGUUUGCUACUAAACUGAACAAGUUUAGUAGUAUUUUGCCAGUUUAUUACAACAACUUAACUCAAACCUCAGCAGACUGACUGAAAGUUAAGAAAGUGCUCUGCUAUUCGCUAAUUCUAGAAAUUUCGAUUAUUUUUCUGACCGACUUGGUCAAAUUGCCUUUAAACUCUGAACCAAAAGAUAUUGUUAUCCCGACAUUAUGAAUUUUUAUUUGGUUUCACGACGGCUAGACAAAAGCUAAGUUGGUACAAUCAUUUCUGAUCGGAUUGCUCGGGUCAAAAUUUAGUAUUUUGGUUUUGAUUCGAGAUUUUCUUAUUCUGUUAAAUUUAGUCGAUAUCAGUUUUCUUAUGUGAUCCAUAAAGCUGCCUGCCUUACAUGAAAUUUAUUUUCAUCAUUUUUUGCUUGGCUUAUUUUAUUCAGGGACUUUGAUUUUAUUCUCCGAGAUUCCCCUCCCACUUUUAUUCUGACCUCGAAAAAUAGGGUCAGAUAAAUACGGUUGCUUUAUAGUCGUUAAGAUCGCUUAUUGAAACAAAAUGAAUUAAUAAAACAUCGUUUUAUAGUCUCGUAUAUAUCUUUUAUUUUUUCAAAACCACUGGAUAUAUAGCUUCAUAUAAAUUGGAAAUAUCUCCUAAAUAUAAUAUAAAAAAAUUACGCAAAAAGAAGCAGCAAAAAAGCAGACGCAAAUUUAUUCCUACACGCCUAAUGCACUUGAUAUUUUUUCAUUUACUAGCCUAUAUAUUAUAAUAUGAAAAAUUCUGAUAUAAGAAAUUUUUACUUGAAUCUGAUUUCGUCAACAAAGUUAACUUUCUCUUCACAGCUCCCUAGGAAAUUAAUGAUUGAGGGUUUUGUCGAUCAGUUUUAUUUCGAAUAUAAUUGUAUCUGAUUCUUAUUAAUUCAAUUCUCAAUUAAUUGUCGAUGCGUUACAAAAUUUACUAUAAAAGAAAACAAAAAAACUCGUUUGUUGUUUCUGAAGAAGUCUUAAACGUACAUCAAAGGUGAAACCUUAAUCGGUCAUUGAACCCAGGAUCAAUUUCAACAACCAACUCUGGGCCGAAACUUUUACCUGAAAUUAUCAUUGCACAAAAUUAACGAUGGACUAUCCAAGACUGAAGAAAUUGGAUGAUUUCCAUGCUAAAUUUUAUUUCAACUUGAAUACUGGAAACUUUACUGGGUUUUGCUAGUUCAAUUUUUUUGUUACUCUGCUCAAGAAAAUCAAUGGUUGGUGGAUAAUCGUGAGAAUUAAUUAUGUAUAUAAGUUCCUUAAACGUCGAGGCUUCUUUAAUUACCCUAGAAGGUUUGUUUUUAUUUACGAUUUGCGCGCGAUUUGAUUGUCAAAUUUGCGGUUAGCAUCCUUGGCUUCUUAUCUUUCUCACACUUAGCGAGAUAUUAAUCCCGGCUUCAUCUCUGCAACUGGUUUAAGUCGAAAAUUAACUUGCGCCUUUAUUAAAAUUGGAUAUCGCACCAAUAAAAAUUGGCGUCAAUUUGAGUUCUUUACAAUUGAUCUGAUCAACUUUGCUUUUUUGUUGCCAGCCAUCAUAACAACUUUUACCAUCCGACUUUGAUUCAGUUUUGAUCAGCUUUCAAAUCCAGAGUUUUGAAUUUCUGCACUUUAAUUGACUGAAAACAGCCUUCUUUUUAUUGGAGAGAAGUUGAGGUCAAGCAAGGGUCAAAUCAAAAUGCCUUCAGAAGCUGCAGUUGUAACCUCAGCAGCUGGACGUACCCAACACCCCCCAUCUUCGCAUGACCCCGUAGACCAGGGGGACGACCAGGGUGCGACAGACGAGGUCAUCACCUAUGGAGAUGAAGGGGAGGGGGAAGGAGAGGGGGAGAUGGAACUGGGUGGUCUGGUGGUGGGGGCAGGUGGAGUCAACAUCAACAGCGAUCUGAUGGCCGAUAUCAAAAACAGUCUGCUAAGUGAAACGAUAGCCAACAGUGCGUCUUCAAGCGAUCUAGACAACACAUCGUCAAAUGGCCUGGACCUGAAGAGUCUGCGACUCGGAGGUUUCGACGCCGCAACCCUCUCUGGUCUGAACUCUCUGGCGGCUGCUGUGAAUGGAUCUGCAGGAGGAGUCCAUCCUCACCACGGUGCUCUCUCGAUGGGGGGACUACACCCCUUCCACCCUUACGGCUCUCUGCCACCCCCUCUUCUGUCAUAUCCACACCUCGCUUUGGGGUUCGCGGGUGCGGGUUGCAACCCGUCCAAUAGUGUUUCGACAAACCCCUCGAUAAAUAACUUGCCGAGCGCGGCUUGUCGAGCGGCACAAGCAAGUAGCCAAAUGUUGCUUGCUGCCGCACACCUCGAGGCCAGUAAACUGUACAGCCCUUUCUCUGGAAUCCCCGGACUGCAAAUUCCUCCGCCGCCCGGGAGUGGCCUGGACGUCAAAGGAGCCUCUUUGUCCGGCGGAGUGUCCCAUUCGGGGUCUGGGACAGGGGUGGGGGUGAGUGGGAACCCUUCUGUGUCCUCUCCCCUUUUGACCUCUGUAUCUUCAAGUGCAACUUACAACACUGCCGCCGUAUCAGCCGCACUAUCCAAUUGGGCGGCUGCUGUAUCACCUCAAAAUGCCCGUUUGCCGCUUGCUCCUCCCCCUGGGCUAUCCCCAAACAGCCUGGCCAAUCUCAACACUCUUCAUGGGGCGGGGGGACCAAACGGGACGAGUAGUAGUUCACCCCUGGCGAUGUUCGCCGCACAUAUGUUCAACGGGAGGCACCCGUCGGCGACUAACGGAGCAGCUGCUUCAUCCAACCCAUAUCAUCAGUUGCUGGCUGCAGUUUCAGCCGGCGAUUUAUCCAGAUCCAAUCCGGCCUUUCCUCGAGGUGGUCCCGCUGGUGCAUUCGGAAAUGUUGACAGUGCUUCCGGAAUGCUCACACAUCCGGGAGACGGCGGAAGCAACGGGGGACACUUGCACAGAGGCGCUUCAAAUGGGGUAGCUCAGAAUAACCACAAUGGAGGGAGUCAAGAACAUAUGGAUCAAAAUCAUCAUCCAAAUCACGGAAUGAAGGAGAAGCCGCCUAAACCUGCGAAACCAUACGUGAAGAAACCUUUGAACGCAUUCAUGCUUUUCAUGAAGGAAAAUAGGGAAAAAGUUAUGCAAGAAAGCACUUUGAAGGAAUCGGCUGCUAUCAACCAGAUUCUGGGAAGAAAGUGGCAUCAAUUAGAAAAAACAGAGCAGAAUCGUUAUUACGAAAUGGCCAAAAAUGAGAGACAAGCACAUCAGAGGCUUCAUCCAGCUUGGUCGGCAAGAGACAACUACGCCACGAGUAAGCAUCGAAAACGCAGGAAAAGAAGCUUGACUGGUUUCCCCGAUGGUCAAAAUCCAGAAGGACAUCCUGACGGAUCUGGAGGCUUCUCGAUGCGAGACCUGGCGAUGGGAGAUCCCGGACGUCUCUCAAGUGGAUUCCUAGGAAUGGAGAACUUAGCAGGGCUCACUGCCGAUGAACAAGCGGAUGUUUUCAUGCAGGGUAGACACUUACCUCCGCCGCAUCACCCGUCGCACGGAAUGAUUCCAGGAAUGGUGCCGUCACACGCGCCUCAGCAGAAUGCUCGCGUGGUGCCUGGAAAUCCAGGAUUACAGGGUCCAGUUAUGAAUCAAGAAAAUCAACAAGGUGAUGGCGGGAUGGCUGGUGCGAAUGUCAGUGGUGCUAAAAUGAUGACAGCUCACUCUGUAAAAUCGAUGGUAUCAAGUUCCAACUCGAAUGACACGACGGCGAGUAGUAAUGGCUCAGAUAAUGUAGACCACACGCCAGAAUCGGCCUCUAAGAAAUGUCGGGCCAGGUUUGGCUUGGAACAGCAAGAAUCGUGGUGCAAGCACUGUAGAAGGAAGAAAAAGUGCUCUGUUUUUACUGGAAAUGACGAUCCGGCUCCUGCCUCAAACACGAGUGGAAACUCAUCUACGAGUAGUAUCACUCCUCCAAAUAAGGAUAAAAGUAGACCACCUAGUGAUGGUCUUGUUACGCCGAAGAACAUUAAGUUCCCCGUAGACCCGAGAACCACACGAACUAGUAGCGAAGACGAGUCGCCAGGGUUCAAUACUGACUCAAUGGCGUCAAUUAAAAACGAACUCGUGGGAUCGUUGAUGGAAGCUAGAAGCGCUCAUGCUUUAACGAUUAACGACUACCCGGCUCCGAGUAAAAAGCCAAGGUCUGAACUAACGCCGAAUAUAACAGUCUCGAACGUCAGUUCAAUGAAUAGAAUGAACGAAAAAGGUACAUCUGAGAAGUUUAAAGUUAAGUUCGAGGCAAAUGAAAGUGAGGAUUCGAACAGUGACCUUGAACGUGAAAACAACGUAUCAGAUAAUACUGUGAAGUCUUUCUCUGGUAAAGAUGUUCCGCAAACGUCUAUUUUCAGCUCCUUGGCAAGUGUCUUUGGAAAUCCUCCUGGGUUGAUUCCAGCGUCCGGCAUUCGAUCUGGAAAUAAUUGCUCGCUAGUAUCCGCAGCUAGCAAGCUGCCUUUAUCGCUACAGGGUCAAAUAAUGUCUCAUCUGAACAACAACCAUAUCAAUUCUUCAUCCUUCACAUCUCAGCUUGAUGACAAAAUAAGUCCUACAAAUGACUUGGCAGGGGUUCGAGCCCCGGUCUCAGUCGCCACUGCCGCAGCGUUCUUGACCAAUGGAAUCAAACCAAUUGGGUCUUCAGUGUCACCUUUUGAUCUAACAUCGAAUGUUCCGCUUCAGUCGCCGACAGGCGCGACAAAAGAUCUCAACGCGCUUUCUCCACUGCUCGAUUUACACCAUGCAACAGUCAACAACAACAUUUCCUCCCUCGGUGCAAUAAAACGAUCACCCAAAAUGCAGAGCAUGACUGAUGUGUCAAAUAAUAACAGAACUUCGGCUUGGACGCCCAUCUCGCUACCCAUGACGUCAGCAGAACUAGCAGCUUCAAUUACGUCAUCGAUAGCUGCUUCAGCCAACAGCGUAUCGACAACGAGCACCUCGCUCAAAAGUACCGCUGGUCACAUUCCGUUUGCGUUUUCUCCAUUCAACCCUGGAGCCCUGACUUCGGUAUCAAACAGUACGACCCCAAACUCGCCCUUUAGUCCGCUGCAACCAAGCUUAGCAGCGGCCGCAGCUGGAUCCCUAUUCUCGGCUGGUUCACUCUUCGCCGCCGCCUCAAAUGCAGCCAACGCGGUCUCCUCGGCUUCAGGAGCACCUUCAAUUCCGUUCAGCCCGUUCUUCAACCCAGCAGGGUUUCCAGGGGCUUCUUUUCCAGGGUUCAAAGAUCCCAAAGACGCUAUGGUGUCAAUGGCUUUGUCAAACACUUCGCCAGCUGCAGCUUCCCAGAGCUAGCUGAAUUGAAUCAAAACUCUACAAAAACUCCAGAAUUUUCUCCAUCUUUGGUCGCGUUUCCCCCAAACUGUAAAUUUAUUUUAGUAAUCUUUCUGUUUAUUAUUUUGGGCUGACCUAUUCUUGUUGUCUGAUUAGUAAUAUUACAUUCCGGGGCGAUCAAAAUUUUCAAAAUGUGUAUUUGGAUCUAAUUUUGAACGAUAGUAACACGUUAUAAACUGUUAUAAUGACCCUUAAAUUUGAAAUACUUUAUCCCAAAUUUGUUCAUUAAAGUGAAGUUUGGUCUUAAAUGCAACUUUUAAAUUGUUCGACAAAGAGCAGCAAAAUCAAAUUAGAUGAAUAAGUUGAUUAUCGUGAUGAAAUUAACAUGAACAACUGUGAAUGAAUUGUGAAUUUAACUUUUAGCGAUGCACUUUAUUUACUUCGAAGCAUAAAUUAAUUCAGUCGAUGAUUCUUUUUGUUCCUAAUUCUACAAUUUCCGUUAGAACCAAUAUUUUCAAUUUGUUCAUAGAUAUAAUAUUUACUCUU